AUGGAGCAGGCGCUUUUUAUGUGGUUUUAUGUAAUCGGCUUUUUCAUGGAGCGAAGACCCUGUCACAUCUGCUCAGCCAUCUUCUUCAUCGCCCUCGGCUUAUUAUGUUACAGUGACAGUGACAGUUGCAUUUUUUGGCCAACUUGUGACAAGAAACUGAACGGCGAGAUGUGCACUUACGUCUACAAAAGUAUUUACGGGGAUAAGACGGACGCUCAA